AUGUUUCAGCUUCGUAUUGUACAGAAUGUACAUAGCGUAGGGACCGGAAAGAUCGGCCGAGCCGCGUUAUUGGCCUUGAGUGAUGCCAUCGUCGUCUCGUUGCGGAUGGCGUACGGACGCGGACGAAUGCUUCAAUACAAGACGCGUAAUCCGGUGAGGGCGGCGGCCGUCGAUGCGUCCGAGUCAGUCCGAUUCGCUUUUGCUCCAAGUCGAUCAUCACUGUUAAUGCCUCACCAAAGCUUGCAUCGGUGUGGCGUUGCUGUCGCGUCGAUGAAGCUCUGGAGCUUUGGCCGUUCGUAUCGGUAG